CAACGGCGGCGGCGGCCACAGCGUCGACGACCGCUAUCGCCGUCUCCUCCAGCUGUCGCACCAAUGGGGCAUCGGCUUCACCAAGCCCCCGCCUUCGCCCCUGCCCAGGCCCGAGGGCGUGCCUUCGCACCGCACCCCGCAAGACGACACUUUGGCUGAGGAGCUGCUGAAGCGGCAGCGCAUGGUCGAGUCGCAUGCCGACCACCAGUCCAGGGGCAGCAUCUCGCGCGCCUUCACCACCAAGAAGAAGGGCUGGGAGUACAAGGAGAUCUACAAUGCCCUCGUCGCCCACGUCGCCGAUCGCGGCUCCCCAGGUGUCGCAGAGGCCCUCGUCGCCAAGCUGCAGAUGGUCGGCGGCAACCUCAACCUCCAGCAGAACAAGAGCCGGUCCGGCCUGCUUAGCCGGAGGAAGAGCCUGGACUUGGCUGAGCGCAGCCAGAUCCUACAGAUGGCAGUCAAGAACUGCCAGCUCGAGCUUGUCGAGGUCCUUCUGCCCUACGCCGACACCCUGAGCUUGGACACGUCGCUCCCCAUCGCCAUACGAGCGCAGCAUGAGCCCAUCACGGCCUUGCUCGUGCGGUAUGGCGCUGGCGCUGCGCAGACGGCCGACGGCCAAGACGCCUUCCGUCAGGCAUGCGCCGUGGGUGGACAAGCUGGGAUCAUCGGGCACAUCCUCUCUUCCGAUGGCCGACCGCCGGUCUCUUGGGUGUCGCAAUGCAUGGUGGAAGCUGCCAGGGCUGGCUGUGCCGAGACGGUUGCGCAGCUUAGCCAAUCGACAGCAGACGGUAGCCAUGAUGGCGCUGCGGCGCUAAAGACGGCGGUGGCCAUGGGCCGAAGAGACAUUGCGCUUGCCAUUGCGCUGGGCAAUCGGCCACCGAUCCAGCCUGGGCUCAAUGAAGCUUUCCAGCAGCUAUUGGACCAUCAGACAAUCUCACCCAACGAGAAGAUGGCCAUGGUCGAGGUUCUCCUCUGCAUAGGGGCCAACGGCGAUCCCGUGGCAUCAUAUCUGGCUUCGGCCUGUGAGAAUGAGCUGUACGAGAUGGUCGGUCUUCUGGUCGCUUAUGGGGCGUCACUCGACUACGCGGAUGCCAAAGCUGCCAAGAGGGCUGUUUCCAAGGGCAAUCUGGACUUGCUUCAGGUGAUGUUGGGAGGCAGCUCAAGGCUGGAGGCGGCGCAAGCAUCAACAUGCCUGGAGCUACUGCCAAAGAAUGUCGGCCCGGAAGACAGGCUGUCCUUUCUCAAGCUGCUCUUGAAGGAGGGAGCAGUGGGACCACAGCUCGACGAGACCUUGGUGGAAUGCGUCGAGGCAGAUGAUCUUGAUUCCGUGCUGCUUCUUGUCGACCCAGACUCCCUCACUCCAGAAGGGAUGCCUGCACGUGCUCACGGCAUGCCUUCAGCAAACCACAAAGGGGGCUUGGGUUUGCAGAUUGCCCUGUCAAAACCCAAUGUUGACAUCGCCAAGGCCAUCUUGGACAACAAUGCUCCAUCACCUGACGUCCUUGCACACAUCUUUCUGACAACACAACAACUUCCGCCGCCGGCACGACACGAGAUCACCGAGCUGUUCCUCAAGGCUGGUCUCUCUGGACCUACUGUGCAAUCCGCACUGGAGAGCGCGAUCAUGCAGACUCCACCACAUCGCGAUGACAAGCUUCUUGGUAUCCUGCUCAGAGCCUGCGCAGGAGACGCCGCUGUCAAUGAUGGACGAGCUAUCAAUGCUGCAAUCGCACAGCAGGACGUGGGCCUCCUUGAAAGCUUGCUGGGCGCAGGACCUCCGCCAGCCGUCAUAGCAUCUGCAGUCCUCAAGGCUGUGGCCACGGACAAGAGCGAAAUACGGUACCAGAUGGUAGACCUUCUGCUUCGUGCUGGCGCUGCGCACGGUGGGCCCGCGGUAGCAUCGGCGGCGGCGUCCGUCAUCCUAAAGCAACCCACCGACAAGGCAUUGCUGAAGCUGCUACUACAGAGCGGCAUGGACAUCAACAACAACGAAGGGAGCGUGGUUCUCCAUGCCGUGGAAAACCCAGACUUCGAGGUCUUCAAGAUGGUGUUUGACCAUACUCAACCUUCCCAGGCGACACUGGAGCAUGCCGUGCGGCGGUUUCACAAGGUUCCUGCCUCAAGUCUCAAGAGCGAAAAGCUGGUUAUCCUACUUCCACUUGUGCAAAAUCGUGAAGUAAUUGCGCAGCUGCUGAUCAGUGACCUGCGGGCAGUGGUCAACAUGCCAGCCAAGGAGAGGAAUCUGGCUUCUGUCCAAACACUGUUGGCGAAUGGCGCCGAUGUCAAUUACAAGCAUGGCGAGGCCCUUCAUGUGGCUGUCGCGGCCAAGAGCGAGCCGCUGUUUGAUCUUCUGCUGUCAGUGAAGCCAGACGCGAAAUCAAUGGCGUUCACGAUGCCCGUCGCGCUGCGCAUUCGGGAGCCGACGGAACGGCUGGCGUUUGCAAAGAAGAUUCUGGACCGGGGCAUACCACCAAGCGAAGUCAACCGUGCCUUGGUGUUCGCGGUCAAGACGUAUCGCGAUGACAUCCCCCUCAUCGAAGCCAUGCUGGCUGUGGCUGACACGCAAGACGGCACAGUCCUUCUCGAGGCCAUCAAAUCGGAGCAGGGCGAUGUAGUGGAGCUGAUCCUCGCACAGAAGAAAUUCUCCCAGGACAUCCUGAACAUGGGCUUCUCCCAGGCAGUCACUGGUCGGAACAGGAGAACACGCAGUCUCUCUUGCAACAGUUUGCUGAAAGCCGGUGCUUCAGGGGAAGUCGUCUCCGACGCGUUGCUCGCCGCUGCGUCUGACGGCGACGUCGAUCUGGGCACCAUCCUGGUCCAGAACGGCGGCAGUGUCGAGCACAGAAAUGGCCAGGCCAUUAUUGCGGCGUGCAAGUCCGGCUCGACUGAUGUGCUACAGAUGCUGCUAGCUGGCGACCAAGAGGUCCCCCAGGCUAUCUUGCAGCAGUGUUUCCAGGCUGCGACGGAGAUUGGCGAUCUAAAAAAACGCGAGGAAAUCUUCCAGGUGCUGUUGGAGCUGGGUGUCACUGGCGAAGUCGUUCACGCACAACUUAUCUCCGCUGCGAGAUAUGGCGAGCUGGGCACCGACCUUCUCGUACUACUGCUCAAAUAUGGCGCGAGCCCGGACUACAACGAUGGUGAGGCUGUCGAGAAGGCUGCCAGGACUGCCUCACUGGCUAAUCUCAAGAUCCUGUUGGGUCUUGCUGAGAACCCUGCCGUGACGCAGAAGAAGCCAUCGUCGCACACGUUGGUGCGCGCUCUGGACGCUAGCUGGGACCUCAACCCAAAGACGAGACUCACGGUAGUGCAGUGGAUUUUCGAGGCAGGGAAGCCUGUUCCAAGCGCCGUGCAUGCUGCACUGGGCCGCGCUGUUAAUGAGGAGGAGCCUGACGCGGACCUCAUUCACGUCCUGGUCAACAACCGGGCGUCUCCCGUGGUCAAUGAUUGCAGGACCCUGAUCGAUGGAGCCAAGAUCCUGCCGGUGCCCGCAUUCGCAUCUCUCAUGGAGGCGAGGGUCUCUCCUGCUGAUGCGUCGCUCGCGUUCGGCAGUGUUUUCGGGCCUGACAAUGUCGCAUCAUGGCUGACCGAACGCGGUUAUGGAGUUGCCAAACUUCUGCUUGAGCAUGGCGCCAAGGGGCCCGAGGUCAAUUCUGCUCUUGCUGGCUGUGUUGGCGCUCGGGAAAACGACACGGCAGAUCUCGUGCUCAAAUUCCUCGAGGUCCUGCUGCAUGGUGGUGCGGAUGUCAACUACAACGACGGCGAAACCCUCCGGAUGGCUGCGCGAGCCGGCGACGCUGGCAUACUGCGACGACUCUUGCAGGAGAAGCCAAAUUCAGAAACCCUGACCUGGGCGUUCCCCAGCGUUUUCGAUGCGGAGGUCAACGAGAAUGAGGUGGGCAAGCUCAUCACCCUAUUUACCGAGUACAGCGAUGGCAAGCAUCAGCUUGAUGUCAUGUCGGUGCCGCCAGGAUCCCAGCCGGUGCUGUACCGCGCCUUGUCGCAGUUUCCACGGUCAACCAAGAUUCUUGGCGCUCUGCUUGACGCUGGUUACUACCACGAACAGAUGAUCAACUACCAGGUGCUGCCGCAAGUUGAUGAGGAGGAGCCGGUGACGCUGCUGAUGUGGGCCCUGCUUCAGCCGCAGAAGAAGAUCAGCAGUGCAGUGAUUCAGCUGCUGAUUGAGCGCGGAGCCAAUGUACAAUUCGAGACCCGUGUCUCCCACAUCACCCCACUGAUGAUCGCCAUCCAAGAACGUCGGCAGGACAUUGUCAAGUCACUACUCCUCGCAGGUGCUGAAGUCGACACUGCCGACUUCGUUGGCAAUUCGCCUCUUUCCAUGGCAUCUGCAAUCGGCGGGGAUUUAUCAAUACAGAUCAUGUCGAACCUUUUGGCGGCAGGGGCGUCCAAGAACGACGGCUCGCUGCACAACGCGGCAAGAGACUUGAAUCUGCAAGCGAUCCAGGUCCUCAUGGAGUACGAGCACGACCCGGACUUUCCAAGCCCGAUACACGGUGGCAGAAGUGCCCUUGGGGAGCUAUGUCGACACGCUGCCGACAACGGCCCCAUCGCUGGAGCACGAGAGAAGGCAAUGGAGAGGGCAAUCGAGUUUCUGCUCAAGAAUGAUACAGACAUCACCCUGCAGAUUGAAGGCAAGACUGUGCUUCAUCUGGCGCUCGAGUCUGCUGAUCCUUUGACCACGACCAAAGUACUAUUGCGAGCCGGCAUGUGGAAGCAUGUCAACAAGCCAUUCAACCAGUACUCCGACGGGACCUUCAUAUACUCGCCGACCAUGUACGUCCAGCGCGUCCUCCCGGACUCGGAGUUCAAGGCGCCACUCACCACGCUGCUCCGCAACAACCGCGGCACAGAUGUCUACUACGCGGUCCAAGGCCCGCAGCCCGACGACGCUGUCGGCAUGCCCACCCAUAUCCAAGUUGAAGAACAGGAACGUCGCGCUCGCGUGGAGCGCCACCGCAAGGAAGCCGAGGAGCACCUGCUCGCAGUGCAGCGGAGCAAGGAGCUGGCGGCUGUACAACAACAAAUCUGGGCAGACCAGGCGGAGCUUGAAGACGCACGCAAGAAGCGCGCCCACCAGAGCGACAUGUCUGCCAUCAUGGAGCGGGCGCGUGUGGAAGAGGACAACUUCAACGCCCUACUCCGGCAGCAGCGGAUGAAGCAGAACGUCGAGAUGAGCCACCAGCAGGCCCUGACGCGGGCGUCGAUCCAGCGCGUCAAGGAGGUCGGCGAAGUCGAGGCGGGUCUCGAGACCAAGAACCAGGCGCGCAUGCUCGCGUGGGAGCGCGACAUGGGCAACGAGCGCGUGGGCAAUGCCAGCCAGCUCAGCAGCAUCCGCCUGCGCGAGCGCGAGGAGGUGGAGAAGUUCGACAAGGCCGCCGACAACCGCACCAAGGACCGGCUCAAGGAGCAGAAGAAGCUUGUCGACAGCCAGAACCAGCUCGCCGGCACGCUUGGGAGCAACGGCGUGCAUGGCAGGAGGCAGAUUGGAUACGUCAUGGGCGAGCUGGGUCCCGACUGAAAGUCCAGUUUGUGGCUUUGCGUCCCGGCUGCUUUGAGAGGACAUGAUGGUGUGUGUGUGUGUGUACGACCCAUGGGAAAGGAGUUAAAGGAUGCUGGAUAAACGGCAUCAGUGCGAUUUUGCGGUAUAUUCUUUGUACGAAACUGUUGUAUUUAAGACUUUGAUGUAAUUACUUUGACUACAAUACCUACUAUUGUGCGGCACA